UUUUUAAAUAGGAGGAUGAUCAACCAAAGAUCACUCUUCGAUCAGAGCUCACCCAAGAUGGCCGUUUCCAGCGGAUUCAUCAUUCUCCUCACACUACCCCUUCUCCUGGUGACAUCUCACCCUCUGCCAGAAGAAGCUGCAAGCGACUCAACUAACAAGUGUACCCUAAGCGAAGAAGACCUCAGCAAUCUCAAAAGUGCCAUCUCCAAAGCAGCGAGUGCCAAAUCUUCAGACGACACCAUAUUGUCCAACGAAACCCUAACGGCGUGUCCCAUCCUGGCGAACUUCACCGAAAUGCUGAAAACCGUGGCCACCGACAUGGAGGUGCUCAAAAGCCAGGGCGUUUCCAACGCCGAAGUCGAACUGCUGCGGGAAUCCUUCGAAGAAAAACUCAACGAGCUCGCCAAGAACAAGGACAUCUUCGAGCGGCAGGCCGGCCAGGAAGCGUCCAAGACCGAAGGCGCAAUGGUCGAGAAGAUCAACCGACUGCAGCUCCAGAUGACCAAACUGCAGGAGGAGAUCGAGCAAGAGACCAAGCAGAUGUACGCCGACAUGAUCGAGUACGUGUUCCAGCGGCUGAAGAUGAACGAUACGGACGCGAUCGACAGCUACGCGCAGAUCUUGCUCAAAACCAAGAUGGACGAGCUGUUCAUGAGACUGAAAACCGACCGCUGGGUUCUGUGGAAGAUGGUGAACUACGUGGAGAAGAAAAAGAACAAGUGGGUCGGUAAACGGGUGCUGAACACCGUUAUCGAUCAGGUAACCCGGCUGGAUCGGAAGAAGCCGGACCAGCUGGAGAUCGGGAAGGACUCGUUGGUGAAUUUGCUGUGCUGGAAGUUCAACGCCGAUACGAUCUACGGAACGGUGGCCGAGGAUCAGAAGAUGUUCAACUUGAUGAAGCUGUACUUCCCGGCGGAGAAGAACUGCAAGGAGUGUCAGGACGUGAUGAGUCGAACGCUGUGCAGCAAUACGUACCCGAGAACGGUGGCGAGAUCUUUCGGGUGAGGAUGAGCCAUUGAGGUAA